UUUCUGUCUGAUGCAGGGCAAGGUUGAAGCUGAGUUCCACUUGGUCACAGCAGAAGAAGCCGAGAAAAACCCUGUUGGGAAAGCCCGGAAGGAGCCCGAGCCCUUGGCCAAGCCCAACCGCCCAGACACCUCCUUCUCGUGGUUCGUGAGCCCCUUCAAGUGCCUGUACCACCUCAUCUGGAAGAACUACAAGAAGUACAUCAUCAUCGCGUUCAUUCUGCUCAUCCUGGUCGUCUUUCUGGUCCUCUUCAUCUACACCCUGCCCGGGGCCAUCAGCCGGAGGAUCGUCGUGGGAGGCUCGUAGGGCUCCCAGCGGUGGUGGAGAGCAUGGGAGGCUCCCAGGGGCGGUGGAGAACACAGGCCCCAUCAGCAUUGCUCUCCCGGUUUCCUGUGUGAGCCUCUACGAUCACGGGCUGGGGGAGGUGCUGCGGUGAACGCUAAGGAAUAGACUUAAAAGAGCCAAUGACCCCCCCUGGGUCCCAGGACAAACCAGGUUUUCUCUAGGAAGACAGCCUCUGGCGGUCUCUCUGCCCCCGUCCCUUCUGCUGUCCUUCAAACCCCUAAAUCCCAAAUCUUGCCAUUGCCCAGGAGUAACCCAAAACAAUGACUCUUUCACUCUGGGCUAAUCAACCGUGACCUCAGCGAAACUUUCCUCGUGUAAUAGAGUCUAUUCAAAACAAUUAAACUCUGAGUCUGAGAUUUUAUUAGAA